AUGCCCCUGGACGAAGGCCUGAUCCGCGAACUGACCGAGACCGUGCGCCGCGUCGUCGACGACCGGCUGAUCCCGGCCGAGGAGGAGGUGGUCGCCAGCGACCGCAUCCCCGAGGAGAUCCGCGCGCUGCUGCGCGAGCUCGGCCUGUUCGGCAUCUCCGUGCCCGAGGCCUACGGCGGGCUGGGCCUGCCGCUGGAGGCCGAGGUGGAGAUCCUUUUCGAGCUCUGCCGCGCCUCGGUCGCCUUCCGCUCGGCGCUGGGCACCAACAACGGCAUCGGCUCCCAGGGACUCGUGAUCGACGGCACCGAAGCGCAGAAGCGGCACUACCUGCCGCGCAUCGCCUCGGGCGAGCUGAUCGCCUCCUUCUGCCUGACCGAGCCGGACGCCGGCUCCGACGCCGCGUCGCUGCGCUGCGUGGCGCGCCAGGACGGCGAGGAUUUCCUGAUCUCCGGCACCAAGCGCUACAUCACCAACGCGCCGGAAGCCGGCCUCUUCACCGUGAUGGCCCGCAGCGAGCCCGACCGGCCCGGCGCCGGCGGCAUCUCCGCCUUUCUGGUCGAAGCCGACACCCCGGGGAUCACCGUCGGCCCCUGGGACCGCAAGAUGGGCCAGCGCGGCGCCCACACCGCCGACGUGGUCUUCGACGAGGUGCGCGUGCCGGCCACGGCGAUCAUCGGCGGGCCGGACAAGCGCGGCCAGGGCUUCAAGACGGCGAUGAAGGUGCUCGACCGCGGCCGCAUUCACCUGGCCGGGGUCUGCGUCGGCGCGGCCGAGCGGCUGCUGCAGGAAGCGCUCGGCUACGCCCUGGAGCGCCGGCAGUUCGGCCAGCCGGUCGCCCAGUUCCAGCUCGUCCAGGCACUGCUGGCCGACAGCAAGGCGGAGCUUUACGCCGCGCGCUGCAUGACCCAGGACGCGGCGCGGCGGCUCGACGCCGGCGAGCGCAUCCCCAUGCUGGCCGCCUGCUGCAAGAUGUUCGCCAGCGAGAUGGUCGGCCGCGUCGCCGACCGGGCGGUGCAGGUUCACGGCGGCGCCGGCUACAUGGCCGACUACCCGGUCGAGCGGCUCUACCGCGACGCCCGGCUGUUCCGGAUCUACGAGGGCACCACCCAGAUCCAGCAGCUCGUGAUCGCCCGCCAGAUGAUCCGCGAGGCCGAGGCCGCGCUCGGACGCUGA